UACAAAGCUUGUGUCUCGGACUUUGGCAUGGCGAGGAAGCUCAAGAACGGUUACUCAAGCUGGAGCACUAUCUUUGCCGGUACAUGUGGCUACAUAGCCCCAGGUACGUAUGCGGGCUUAAUCCAUUCUGAAACUUUAACUAAUACUGUAUGAAAAAGUGAUUCAUAAUAUAGACAUAAUAAUGGGUUCUGUUCUGACUAUAUAGCUAACUACUUUUGUUUCCUAUCACAGAAUUAUCAUCCACUAUGGUGUUAACUGAGAAGUGCGACGUGUACAGCUUCGGCGUGGUUGCGCUGGAAGUUGUUAUGGGAAAGCACCCAGGUGAUCUACUCCUCCCGUUCUUUUGCCGAACAGAGCAGCCAACAAAGCUCAAGGACGUCCUGGAUCAACGCAUUGCAGCACCGUUGAGCAUCGAUGAGGAGAAGGCUGUCAUUUUGGUUGCUCUGGUUGCUUUUGCUUGCCUGCAAGUCAACCCAAAAGCCCGGCCGACAAUGCAGCAGGUAUAUCAAGCGCUCUCAAAUAGAAGCCACAUAGCGCUCAGGCCCCUUCAUGAAAUCAGGCUGCAAGAUUUGCAUGAUUACUGUGGCAGCAUAAAGAGUAUCUGAAGCUGUAUAUAUGAUCUCCUGGGUUGGCAGUUAUAUAUUUGGCCUCAAAGUUUCUAUCUCA